AUGUUAUUUUCUCCUGCUUAUCAUCUUAUUCAACAACAAGGUUUAAUAAUUCGCGAUUCAUCAAUUUCCAUUCGUAAUCAUGUAGCUUGGAUCUCAGUUCAUAACUCAACACCUAAUCGAUGUUAUUUAAAUCAAAACGCUAUUGUUGGAAUUGCUUCACCAUUAUUAUCCAAUAUGCUUAUUUCUCCUAUUAUCGAUUUACAUUCUAAAGAAACAACCGUUGAAGAUCAAACAUUUUCUUCAUCAUCAGCAUGUGAACAACAGACUAAUAAUUUACUCACACCUAUAGAAGAUCAACAACAAUUAAAUGAAGCAAAGUUUGUUUAA